GGAAACUACAGGCAGCCACAUUGCUCUCUUGAGUCACCGAAUACUUUCGGACACGCUCUCACACUCAUCAGUUACACACACACAUGCACACACUUCACAGCCUGGCAGCCCACACAGCCAGCACACUCCAGGAUGACAUUGUACUAAAACACUGCAAGGCAAACUCAUCAGUUUUUAAAAAUCUCAGUUGCAACCAUGCCCAUUCUGAAGAAGCUCCCGGGAAGGUCCAAGAGCUGUCACGAGUUCCCCAGAGUGAACGGUGAACUGAUCCUGCCCCGCCUGGACCUGGACCUCAGGGACUUGAAUGAUCUCAAUGACCUGAAGGAGCUGAAUGACCUGAAGGAUCUGAACAAGAACCUGAACCCCUUUGAGGAUGUGGACCUGGAUGAGGACGAGAGGAACGAGGGUGACAUGGGCCUCAUCAUGGGGGAGGUCAAGGGUAACCUCCAGCUCAGAUCCUCCCGUGAUGGAGAAGAGGAGGAGAACGAGGUGAACGCAGAGAGGCACGGAGCAGGGAACCCUAAAGGGAAACCCCUCAGAGGGACUCUGGAGAGGAUCUGUGGAGUGUCACCCCUCAAAACCCUUGGAAAACUGGGGAAAGGGCUCCGCAUAUCUGGACGCAAUGUAUGGGGGAACAACUCUCCACACUACAGCCCUGGAGACUCAAAUACACUCCCCCCAGAGAGGGAGAAAAGGAAGGGACUACGCAGAAGCUCAGAGGGAAUUAUGACCCUGCUCCGCUUUACAGGUCGACGUAAGGAGGAGCGCAGAGAGAGCCUGCCCUGUGGGGACCUGAGUGCAGUCACUGAGGCGGAGGCCUCCAGGCGGCCCUCCUUCCUCAGGAUGGUCAGUCUGGGCAAGCUGAAGAGGGAAUCCAUGUCAGACAAGGCCUCCCAAGAGGCCGAGGAGGAAACAGUGGAGGAGGAACCGGUGGUCAAAACCAGAGAGCCACUCUCAGUCCUGGAGAUCUUACAGUUGGUCAACCACAGGGACCUUCUCCUGGCCGACACACACAUUCAGGAGUUGGAGCGAGAGUGUGAGCUGCUGUCUCUCCUUCCAACCCCAAGUACUCCAACUCUUGCUCCCAGCACCCCUCCCACCAUGAUCACCUUAUCAUCCUCUUCCACUGAUGACUCCCUCAGCUCCAAUGCAACGCUGGACUCAAGCCGGAGGAAGGCUAAAGAUGUGGAGCUCCUGUAUGAGGCCUUGCAGAAGGAAAUGUGGGAUGUGGUGCGGGAGUCCCUCCGCCAGCCCAGCGCUGGUCCCAACCUUGGGCUGGUGGUGCUGGUGAUCCAACAAGAGGAGCAUGCUGAUGCUGCCUGGGCUCUGAGAGAAGAGACCAAGCCGGAAAGAGAGGGUCCGCAGAUCCAGCCCAGUCAGCGUCCCCGGAAACUGAAGAUGAAGUGGAGGCAGGCUGUGGCAGAGGCUGCAGACUGGAGCCUGCCACAUCAGGUGGAUACCCAGGCAGGUCAGUUGGCCUCAUACCUGGAGCGCUUGAGGAGCCGGAUGGUGGAUGACCUUGAUGCAGCAAGGAGGAAUGCUGUAUCCAUUUACCCAGAGGAGUUUGCUGCCUUCCAGGUGUAUGUGGAAAGUUACCAUCGAGCUGUGGCCAAACGUCUUCGGACUAUAACCAGCGGCCCGCUGCAGAUUACAGACGUCUACUCACUACUAGACUGGUUCUACAAUAUCUACAACAGGGAUGUCCUCGGAACCAUUGGCACAGCUACACCUAUCAAUUACACCCCUCUGGAACCCAUUCUGCCUCAGGAUACAGUGGACAGGCUGGAACAAGACUGCAUCAGUAUUGUGAGGGAGAAGGUGACAACAGAGCUUAUUCAGGUUCUGGAUGAAGAGGAGAGGCGAUGGGCCCAGACUCUGCACAUAGAGGAGUAUCAGUCGCAUCUAGCACGUUCUGUCAUCCAGAGACUAAAGGUGGAUUUGGACAGAUCCACAUCUGUGAACCAGUUUCUAGGGGCAAGAGUGGCUCGCUGUAGUCUCAUUGGAUUGGCUGAUUUUCUCUACAAUUUUCAGAGGAAGGUGGAAAUGUUUCAUGAUACUCAGGCAGAAUUUGGAGACCGAGGGGACGGAUAUGUUUCCAGGACCAUUGCUCUAGUCAACUGCUGCCCUCCUCUCAGAUCCUUUGUGGAGCGCUGCAGGCAGUGUGAUCCACAGGGCAGCGAGGAGUCAGGGCAGAGAGCCAACUCCUCCCUGGACAGGAUCAUCAACCAGUCAGUGAGGGUACUGACUGACAGGCUGUUCGAGCAUAUCAGGCCUUUCUUUGACAAACUGAUAAAGAGAAAAUGGCUGAACAACACUGAGGCCUUUGAGGCCAUUGAAGCCAGUAUUAAACACCACUUCAAGAAGUUCAGAAGGAUGGACUCUCCUCCAUAUCAGACGCUGGUGGGUGAGGUGCAUCGGCGGGUCCUAGUGGAGUAUGUCCGAGCCAUCAUGCGGGGAAGGGUCAUCUGCACAUCCUCCAAGAUGAGGAAGAGGAUGGCUUUCCGUCUGCAAGAUGAGGCCAAACAGCUGAAAGGACUCUUUAGAGAUCUGGAAUCAAGCUCAUCCUGGUUGGACAGCAUCAUCUGCCACCUAGCUGACAUCAUUCUCCUGGAGGACACUCCCUCCAUCCAGAUGGAAGUCGCUGUCCUGGUGAAAGAGUUUCCAGAUAUUCGGAAGAAGCACAUCUCCACCCUGCUGAACAUACGGGGGAUGAUGCGACAGGCUGAGCGCCAGGAGAUCCUCAACAUUGUCAAAGACUUUGAAUGCAGCAGUGCCCUCAUGUGCCGGGACCACGCCCUCUUUUCUGACAUUCCCAUCACCUCAGAGGUGCACUGCAUCAGCCUGGGUAUUCUCCGCCUUGCCAUGACUGUGUCCAACUGGUUCUCAGAGCACCGCCCAAGGCGAAACCACAGGACAAGUGCCAGAAACGCAACACCUCAAUCUGCUGAGAAUAUAGAAGAUAAACUCCACAGAGAAGACUAGCUGUUGGUGUUUGUGUUAGGAGAGUAGUCACAGACAUGCUGUGAACAUACUGAUGAGAUGUACAUGCACCUUGACCAAAGACUGUACCAAAUAUUGUUAGCAGACCAUUUAAAAAAAAAAAAAAACUUGACCUCAGGUACUGCUCGUACUGUACACGCUCACUUACUGACAUUUCUCCAUCUCCACAUGUGCAUUUUUUAAUGGAAAUGUGAAACAGACAAGUGUAUUGUAAUAGUUCAUUAUGCUCUGUGUUCUCUUAUUCUGAUCUAAACAAAUACAGAAAUAGUAGUAUAAAUAAUCUUCAAAAUGUAACUUCUCCGGUCUUUUUAGCCUUUUAUUGCUCCACAUCAUUGCAGAAACAACUGCUAGCAGAUGCAAUGCAAUAUGAUCUACUAUGUUUGCUGUUUAACAUGUAUUUAGCCAACCAUAUAUACCCAUUCCCUGGUAUAUAGUGCAUAUGUAUGUAAGGAAAUAGUGUAUGGAAAUGGAAACGUGUUGAGCUCUCACUGUGAAUGAAAUGGAUCUGUUGCUGGAACUGUAAUAAAAACCCAUUGACUGGGUAGAUUAAACAGA